UUUUUGUGUGACGUAACAUUCGCGUCGAAUUGAUAUCAGCAGCGCAAGCGCCCCGGGUGGGGGGAGAUACCGUGGUCUUGGGCUUCCGUGCGGCGUCAGCGUCAGGUCAGUACCGCUCUGGACGCGCCGGUCGCAACAUCAUGUCCUCCCCGCCGCCGGAGAAACCCACGUGUGACGUGGUCGUCAGCACGGAAACCGCGGACCCCAACAAAGUGGUUCUCAAGAGGAAAAUAACACUCUUGAACGGUGUCGCGAUAAUCAUAGGAACCAUUAUCGGAUCCGGGAUCUUCGUUUCGCCGGCCGGAGUUUACAUUUACACGAAGUCCGUGGGAGUGUCUCUGAUAGUCUGGACGGCCUCCGGAGUGUUCUCCACCCUCGGAGCCCUCUGCUAUGCCGAGCUGGGGACCGCCAUCGCCAGGUCAGGAGGAGACUACGCCUACAUUCUCGAGGCUUUUGGAGACCUCCCGGCGUUCCUGCGUUUGUGGGUCGCUCUCCUCAUCAUCCGGCCCACGACUCAGGCCAUCGUCGCUAUCACCUUCGCCGAGUACGCCGUCAAACCCUUCUUCCUGGAGUGUGCGCCUCCUUCAGCCGCUGUCACGCUGCUAGCCGCCGGGUGCCUCUGUCUACUGACAGCAAUUAACUGUGUGAGUGUGCGUUGGUCACUGGAGGUACUCUCUCUGUCCACCUAUGCCAAGUUGUUUGCUCUCUUCGCCAUAGUGAUUGCAGGGAUAUACCAUAUUGCUACAGGUCAUACAUCCCACUUUGAACAUGCUUUUGAGGGUGACUACGAUGCUGGCAAUAUUGCUCUUGCAUUCUUCUCCGGACUGUUUGCAUUUGGCGGAUGGAACUACCUCAACUUCGUCACUGAAGAACUGCAGGACCCUUACAAAAACUUACCGAGGGCUAUAUGGAUAGCCAUGCCACUGGUCACCCUGGUUUAUGUGCUAGCCAAUCUUGCUUACUUUGCUGUCAUCACGAGCCAAGAGAUGAUUUCUUCCCCUGCAGUUGCUGUUACUUUUGGAGAUCGGAUGUUCAGCAGCCUCAGUUGGACUGUGCCUGUGUUUGUGGCCAUCUCCACAUUUGGCGGAGUCAAUGGUGUGAUCUUCACGUCUGCCAGACUCUUCCUGACGGGUGCUCAAGAGGGUCACCUUCCCGAGCUAUUCUCUCACAUCCAUGUGCAGAAGCGCACCCCAAUCCCAGGCCUCAUAUUCUGUUGUGCAGUAUCGCUGGUGAUGGUGACGGUCAGUGAUGUAUUCACUCUAAUCAACUACUUCAGCCAAACUCUGUGGUUGUCGGUGGGUGGGUGUAUCGCCGGGCUGCUCUACCUUCGUUACACCAAACCCGAGAUGCCUCGACCCAUCAAGGUUAACUUGGCGAUCCCCAUCUUGUUCCUCAUCUGCGUUGCGUUUCUGGUCAUCGUACCCUCCAUCACGCAACCCUUCAAUACAUUGAUUGCAGUGAUUAUCAUACUCUCUGGCAUUCCUGUGUAUUAUGUGGGAAUCAAGUGGAAGACAAAACCUAAGUGGUUCACAGACUUUCAUGAGAAAUUCACAAGAGCAGUUCAAAAAGCUCUGGAUGUCGUCCGCUCUGAAACGGAUAUUCAGUAAAGAUCUGUAUUGAAGUGUAUUACAUGUGUAUGCUGGCCAUACAUAAUCCUACUUUACUAUAGGGUGUAAGAAAAUAAGAUGUAUUUUAUUAAAAGAUAUGAACAAUGGAAAUAUUGAGUUCUAGAUGUAUUUUCUGUUUUAAACACGAAUUAAGUUUAACCUAAAAAUGUUUGUAUAAACUGCAAAAGUAUAAUUUGUUAAGAGGAAGCUCUACCAAAUUUCUUUAUCAAAACAGCAGUUUUGAUCUGAACCAGUGUUCAAGCUUUACCUUUUACUAUAAACUACUUUUAAUUGCUCAAUGAAUUACUACCGAUGGAAACUCAUAUUCCAAUUUAAUAUUCUAGCCUCGCAAGGUCUAAAAAUAAACUUUAUUAGGGACAACACCAAAAAGAGUUAGGAAAUGGAAUUUUAAGUUUUUGACCCUUUUGGUGCCAACAUCCAUUUAAAAGACUACCAAGAAAUACCAAAUCAAACAAAGAAUGCUGAUUUCCAUAAAUACGGUUGUUCGCUGAAAAAAUUCUAGGGCAAUCUUUUUUUUACGUGUUAUAGAUUUCUUGGUAUACAAACAAUUAGAAUGAACCAAAUUACAAAAAAUAUUCAUAGCAAUAUUUUUAGAUUAAUCAGCUGUUUGAUUUAAAUUUAAUGUAAAAGAACACGAACAAAUUAAAACGUAAUGUUCUACAACAUUUAUUACUUUUACAGUUUUUAAAAUAUUAAUAAAAACUUUUUUAUGUUGUGUUCAGUUUUAUUUUCUCUUUCAAUUGAUAUUGUAUUCUAUAGUAAAAUAUUUUUUAGCUAAAAAAGUUAGAAAAAUAUAUUAUUACUUGUAAUUUUGAAAAACUUUUUAGUAAAACACUGCAAAACGGCUGAACUGAAAUAGGCCUGGCUGGCAUCCUUUAAUAGUAAUGGCUGGAAAAUCUCCUUUAUUCUUUGAAAUGACUUUUAAUUUUUGACUUGGCACUAAAAGGGAAUAGAACAAUAAACUUUUUUAAUCAGCACCUUUAUAAAGCGAUAAAUAUUACCAUUAGAUAUGUGUACAUAAAUCUUUAAUAAUUUCCAAUAUAAGACUGUCAUCACUUACAUACUAAGAGCUGCAAGCACGAACUUAACAAUAGUUUAUCACAAAAGGUUGUUUCGUCCUUUAAAUAAAGCAUCCUCUUGUCUAACAGUUUUGUAUGAUUCAAUUGGACUGUUCCUCAAGAAUUUGACUAUUUUCUGCUAGCCAUUAUGAACAUGACUGUUAGAAAGUAGAUUACAACUCAAAUUAAUGCUUUUAAAAAUUGCUGCUAUCUUAAAACAGCGGUGUUACUGUUAAGUGAAUGUUACUCUUCACUAAAUACUAUUUCCUACCUACAUAAACCCAUAUAAAAACCAGAAAAUACAGCAACAGUAAGCAGUUGUUUACAAUAAAUAAGUAAGUGAGAUAUUGUAAUUUUCACAAGAAAAUAAUGUAAGAUUAUUUUUCUAUAAGUCUGAUAAAGACUGUAUUUUAAUAGUUAAGUUAGUAUUAAUUUUAUAUAAGUUUGUGUAAAUAUUAAAGACUCUUAUUGUAUAUAUUCUUUUACGAGUAAUUUUUGUACAGUAUGCCAUAAGCUUUUAUUAUAUACAUGGUUACUUUUGUAUUAUUUAAGAGAGAUAUGAACUUUAUUGUACAGCAUUGAUAAUAAUUGUUUUAGAAUAAAAAAUAUAUUUUGAAUUGAUGAAGAUAACUGUCCUAUUCUUAGAAGCAAGCUGAGCUUAAAUCCUAAUUAUUCUUAGUUCAAGCUAUGUCUAAUGUACAUUACUUGCCAAUGUACCUAUUACAAUGAUCAUUGUCUGCUUUCCAAGUUGAAAAAUAACUUUCCUGAAAAAGUCCAUUAGAUAGUAUGGUUGUAAUGUUGAGAUGUAAAAUGGACAUAGGUUCAAACUAAAAAACACUGAGUUUAGUAUACAUAUAUAUGAUUGGAAAGAUUACAAUCAGGGGUGUAUUCAGCUUUGGUGGGCCCCGGCCAGGCCCCGUCAUGCCCCGCCACUCCCUGUCCGUUUACACAGUCUGAGUACGGGCCUGAGUACUAUUGAAAACUAUUACAUUUGUUACAAAUCCUAAAUCAUAGAGCACAAUGUCCGUGAUGAGUUUGUCACAGUGUUGCCAGAUGGAACAGCAUGCAGAGGUAAAGUAUACAGUACCUAUAGUGCUUCAGCUCUCUCUGCAUGCAGUCCAAAUUGUCUCCAUUGCAUUACAUUAUACAGUGCUGCUGAAAAGCCCUGGGAUGGACAAAUUUGUUUUGUAAUGAAUUAUAAUAGAACUAAAUUUUAAAUCCAGCUUUUGGCCAUAUUAAACUAAUCAUGUAUUUCAGAGUGAUAUCUUGCUUAGGAGAAUGUUCCACUAGAGCUUGGCAAACAAUCUUAAAUAAAGCAUAAGUAGAGUUGUACCUAACAAUUAAGUAGAGAUUGAAGGAAAGUUAAACAAAAACAAUAUACAUAUAUUGUCUAAACAAUAUAUUUAUGUAUUGUCUUAAAGGAAGUGUAACUAUAUUUUUACUUUCUGUUUUGAUUUUUUUACAUCACUUAACUUCAGUUUAUCAAAUUAUAAAAAAUUAUAUAAUAUAAUAUUUCACCAAAUUAAACAUUUAUUGCUACUGCCAAUACUAGAAUCUCCAUUUCUUUACAGUGCAACUACUACCGUAUUUAAACAGGUUUCUUGAUGUAGGAGUAUGCUUUUGAAACUGACAAUAAUAUGAAAUUAACUCUACUUCCUGAAAUGGCAAGAUAUUGGUAUUAAACUAUAAUAUAAUUUAAGAAGGGACCAAUAUCUGAUAUUCCAGAAGGGACCACAAUCAAGAUUAUGUAUGUUUCAUUCAUAACUCUACUGAUUGCUUGUACAGUAACUCAUUUACCAUUUUGAAAUAUAUGAUAUAAACAUCA